AGCACCGUGUGCCGCUGGCUUUAUAUUCAGCCAUGACAGUGGCUCUCAAUUCGAUAUGCUCCCUCUCAACCGGCCGGCGCGCGCCUCAGCUGUCGGAGGCUUCUGGCUUCUGGCGCACUGACAUGACAACAAGUAAUUGUUUUUAUUGACAGAAACCGAUAAUGUGAGGAAAUCUGGACGAAUUUCUGUACAUACGAGAACGCAGUCGAUCGGUAAGUAAUCACGAGGUCGUUAGGCCACGCGAGAAACUGCGACAUUUCGUGCACUCUUCAUUCAACAAAGGAGAGAUUUUUUGUUAAACUUGGCGUUCACAAGUAAUGCAGGUUAUGUGAGUUUCGUCAAAUCUGUUCACUCAUCGACGUCACUCGUGGGAGUGCGUGAUGGGUCAAGGUACGGAGACGUGUGCCGACCGGCCCACGGAAGUCAGUGUUAUCCGAUUCGUCACGCGAAAUCGCACCAUCGAGGAGAUCGCGCCCAAAAAGGAUAUAUAUACUUGCAAACAACGAGGUUGUGGUAAGGUGUUCACCAAUCAAGAUGAAUAUAAGACACAUGAAGCAUUAGAGGCUUUAAAAAUUCGAUUCAUUUGCCGUGAGCCUGGCUGUGGGGAAGAAUUGUCAGAUCCGGGUAGUAUGUGGCGACAUUAUCAAGAAUGGCAUAAUAAUGAAACAACUGUCUAUGCAUGUCCAUAUACUAAUUGCGGGUCCUUGCAUCCUACCAGCAGUAAUCUCGAAGAACAUAUUGAGAGCUGUCAUAGACAGUUGUCUUCUCUGCCAAUGGAGCCUGAGAUAAUUUGUUUCGAAAGCUCUGAGAAUGCGACAGACGAGGAAGUCGCACAAAAGACUGACGAAGGAUGCUACGAAAAACUGCCGAGUGAAACCUUCAAUCAGAAGGAAAAUUAUGGAAGUAACGAUGAUAGCUGUCAUAUUAGGAAUGAUGGGAAACCUCCAGCAAAGACUGAAUUCUGUCAUGAGCAAAAUAAAAUCACGGCUGUUACGAACAGCGAAGAAUACUCGAAUAACGAAUCUAUAAAUGGUAUUAAUAAGUUCUCAAAGAAUGAAGAUUUACUUAUAAUUAAGGACAAUUUCCUACGGAAAUAUGAUGCUGGCACGCCUAAGUGUGAGGAGGUUCUUCAAGUGGAAUGUUCGCAAGAUAAAAACAGUGUGGUCUAUAUAAGCGGUGAUGUGACCAUCACGUCGAAGAACAUGAAGACGGAGAUAUGCAAUAUGAAUAUACGAAGUCAGGAACAUAGAAUAGAUUUAGGAAACUUGGAGCGGGUUUUUAGGAGUGGCCUCGAACGCGAUACUUCUUCCAAGAUCGAAGACAACACGCUAGAGACCAAUAGCAAUUGUUCUGACGACGAGGAAUAUACACCGAAGAAACAACGCAUGUCUAGGUACAAACAGGAAACAUAUAAAUGCGACGUAAACGGUUGCGGGAAAAAGUACAAAUACAUAUCGCAUUAUCGUCAUCAUCAAGACAGUCACAAAUUAGUCACAAAUACAAUUAGUUCCAAUGCUACUAAGCAAAUAUCCAAGGUGAAGCAAGGGAAGUUGUCCACUGUCAGUUUCUUUAUAUGUAAGGUGCCUGGGUGUAGUACGCAGGUGAAUAGCGUAACUGGCUUAUGGAAACAUUAUCAGGACAAUCAUGCCAAUUCCAAGUCACCAGUAGUUCAAACUACUACUAAGAACAAUGAAGUGUUUCGAUGCAAAGCGCCGGGAUGCGAGGUAGAGUUCAACACAACAUUGAUGUUGUACAAACAUUUCAACGAGGUUCACUCCAAUAGUUCCAUUGGCAACGCAAACGGAAAGACUGGUAAUGGUGGUAGCUUUCACUUUACUGAAAUGUUCCAGGAAGAUACUGCCCAGCAAGCAAAUUUUAAGACUGACUUCAAAGCCAAGCAUAACAUUAAUUUGAAUGACUACGUCGAAAGCGGCGACGAGCAGACUGCUCAUAUUGCUAAUAGCUAAAGAAGAAAUUCUUUUCGGAAUUGAAUCUAAUCAAUGGAAAAAGGUCUUCUCCAAUUACGAUGCUAAAUAGGCUAAAAUGGCAUAAUAAUUCAGAGUAUUUUACAGAGAUCAUUAUCUUAACCAGAAUUAAUCAAGAAUAAAUCGCUUUAAGCUUGCGUGUAAACACUUUGGUCCGUAAUCGAAUGUUGUUUAAACUACGACAGUAGAUUCUCCUAGUAACUAUAAGUGACGUGGACUGUGUAGGAUACUCUGAUAUCAAUAAUUGUGAUCGUGAUGGUGAUCGUGAUUCUGAUCGUGAUCGUGAAUGUGUUUGAGAGGAUUUUCAUUAGGCUGCUAGGUGUAUGCUGCGGUGGGAUGAAAGUAACAAUUCAAAUAAAUCGGUUAGAGUUCAGUCUAAAAAUAUAUAUAUCAUUUUACAUGAAUAAGUUUCUUACAUGAACUUUUAGAUAUUAUAUUAGACUACUAACGCGCCUGUGGAACUUAUGGACGUUAAAGAAAGUGAUUCAAACAGUGAAGAAAUGAUGGCUUGAGAAAGAAGGAAAAUUUAGAUUUGAUUCUCAUCAUUAAUGCCAACAAAUUGAAAUUUGUAAAACUGAAAGUAAUUUCUUCUCAUCUCAUUGAAAUGCAACAUUUUGUAUAUUGUAUUUUGCAUAGCUUCCUAUAUUUCGCAGAUAUACGUUAGUGACCUGUUAUAGUAUGUGUAUAGAGAUCUAUGAUUUUUGUCGUCAUUAUGAGUGAGGCUAACCCGCUGCAGCAAUUUGCACCUGUAAUACAAGACUCCUGACUUUCUGUACUGAUUUUUACUGUUUUGUAUUGUGUCAAUUUUUAUGUAACUUAUAUUCCUUAUACCAAUAUUGUUGUUACGAUAGAUAUCUUAGUGACAUAAGUAUUGUAUAGCAUUUUUAUUUGUAUGUCUGUAUGUCUAAAAAUAAAGUGCAAUAUUA